AUGGGUCGUUUUGAUCGUGAUAACAUUGGCAAAUCGGAACGAAUGCAACUGCUUGCCGAUGCAUCUUUGGCGCAGUUUAUGGAAUUACAUGGCAAUCUUUACAAGCAUUGCACAACUCCUGAUUGCCGUGGUCUUCACCGGGUACGUUUAAUUAUUUUUUCACCACUAUUCACACUUUAUAAGGUGACAGAAGAAGUAUCAUUGGGUCGAUGGAGGACAAGCGAUUUCGCCGAAUUUGCCCAAAUCGGAAUUGUAAAACAGUCAUUGAGAAGCUCGGCGGAUGCAAUCACGUUCAGUGUAUGCAGUGUAAAGUGCACUUCUGCUGGGAAUGCGAGUAUUUCACUGUAA